AUGCAGCUUCGGAGCCUAGUCUUGACGCUGCUGGCGGGUCUAGCUUUAGCCGAGCAAGGCGCAGAUGGUGAAGAAUGCGCCAUGAUGCAGAUGAAGGACUCAGUCGCGCCGGAGACCACGAAGCCUGAGCAGAGGCCAGGGCAAGAGCCCACACAAGAUGUCCGAAAGGAUAUCUCAGGAUCCGCUUGGCAAGAGGCCGUGAAGUCCUGGAAGUCUCCUGAGGAGAUAGACAAAGUCACACAUGGACUUUCAAACUCCGUACCCAAGACUGGUGAUGCUGAGGCUGUUCCGGCAGACGAGAGCCUGAAGGCUGCUGAGGUACGAAAAGCCGCGGAAGAGUUCAAGCAAGCCACAGACAUGUGGAGACGUGCCGGGGAGAUAGACAUUGCAAAAGCGGAGAAGUGA